AUGCCUGAAGACUCGAAACGACGCCUACCCUUUCUUGACCGUCUUGCAGAUCGCGCCCUCAUGGGACCGCGAAAGAAGUCCAAGCCGAGCCCCCAGGCACCCCAGCCCGACAAGAGCGCCACUCAACAACCCGGUACACCUGAUACCUCGCCAAAGACCCCGAAUGCACAUACAAAGAAUGACUCAGACAAGCCGACAGAAGCAGCCGAGCCUGCAAACAACCAGCCCAGCCAGAGUGGCGACGCUCGUAGCCCCGGGAACCCAAAAGGAGUCGCUCCACGGAGUAGCUGGUAUGCCGGCGGAAGCUGGAGGGCGAAGGCAGCGCCUAUCGCUCAAGUCGCACGCGAGAGCAUAUCAUCUGCUGCUGGCGGCGUAACAUCUGAUUCUUCUAGCGACGUGAGCAAGCCGGACAGCGUCAACAAAACCCCAAUCAAGUUCCUAGACAGAAGGACCUCGACGAAGAGCACUGCAUUGGCCGCAUCCACCACAAACGUGAUUGCCACGUCGAGUCUCGCGAGCGACUCGAAGGCUAGUCUGGUUUCCGAGCCCAAGGAAGCCCUCAAGGAGGCUGAAAUCGACCCGCCCCUCCCUCCAGACCCUACAAAAGACAAUGAUAAGACAGGCGCGAUGACAACAGAGAGGGUGGAGCCGGAACCGGAGCAAAAGACACAAGAACAGAAGGCGUCGGACCAAAAUGCAACCGGGCUAACAUCUUAUAUUCCAUCGAUAUCAAAGGGCUUGUACAGCUGGUGGUCUAGGCCAGAUGGCUACGCGAGUGGUGACGACAAGGGGGCGGACAAAGGUGACGUGGACAUGGAGGAUGCGAAGUCCACGCCUCUGCCGAGCACCACACCAACGGAAGACAGUGCAAAUCCGCAUGACCAACAGAAUCAGGACGGUGGCGCUCAAACAGACACAGUCUCAGAUCAAGCACCGGUGAGCGAGGCCACUUCAAAAGAAGGUGUCGACGAGAAGGCAGCUCCAACGAAAAGCAGCUGGUUCUGGCUCUGGAGUAGUACACAAAGCGCUCAGCAGACUGCGAACAUAGUCGCCGAGACGCCACAACAACCAGAGGCAACGACGCAAAGUGAAGGCGGAGAACAAGAUAGCACUAAACAGGACCAGACCGGUGACGAGACCCAAGAUCAAACUAAGGAGCCUUCCCCCAACGAAACCAAGCCUCCGGUCCAAUCUAUACCCAAAACUUCUGCUGGGUGGGCCUUUUGGUCGCGAGCUAACCCUCAUAACGAUGAGUGUUCUGAUACCGAGUCGACCCACAAGCAAAUUGGUGAACUGGCUGUGGCGGACACCCCAUCCCAGUCUCAUCCGGAGGCUGCGCAGUUCAACGAGCGUGAGGAAGAGCAACCGCCGAAGGCGCCAGCCAAAUCUAUUGUCGGCUCAAUCCGUAGAGGUCGUGGUAAAGGACGUGAAAUCGAUAGCAGGCCAUCUACUCCCGCAACUCCCUCAACCCCUUCAAAGCCUACACCAGACCAAAGCCCGACCCGGAAAACCGUCCAGGAAGCGCCUGCCAAAAAAUCUUCGCAGGAAGGUGUGAAGGCAAAACAGCCUCAACAAGAACAGGCAAACCCAAAUCUUCUCCUACCGGAGUUUAAGAGCACUUAUCGCCUGCCCCAGACCCCUUCUUACUGGGGGAAGGUUCGGAAGUAUUUCCUUGGUGGCCAUGAACCGGAGUCUCCGCAUUUGCAACGCGCGAAGGAGUUUCCGAGGAUAAAGAAGGCCCUAGCUAUUGGUGUCCACGGAUACUUUCCGGCUGCCAUUUUGCAGAAAGUGCUUGGCCAGCCCACGGGGACUUCUAUUCGAUUUGCAAACGCCGCUGCAUCUGCGAUCCAGGGCUGGACGGAGAGCCAAGGUUAUUCGUGCGAAAUAGAAACGGUCGCUCUGGAGGGUGAGGGAUACGUGGCGGACCGCGUGGAUACGCUGUGGAAGCUGCUCGUCAACUGGAUUGAACAUGUCAAGACUGCGGACUUUAUUCUUGUGGCUUGCCACUCCCAGGGCGUCCCCGUUGCGAUAAUGCUUGUUGCGAAGCUCAUCCAGUUCGGCUUUGUCAAUGCAGCCAGGAUUGGCGUCUGUGCCAUGGCGGGCGUAAAUCUUGGUCCAUUUCCGGAAUACCGCAGUCGAUUCUUCGGAGGGUCUGCCGGUGAGCUUUUUGAAUUCUCGAGGCCGGACAGCUUGGUCAGUCAGAAAUACCAAGGUGCUUUACGGGUGGUCUUGAACUACGGCGUGAGGAUCAUGUAUGUCGGCAGUAUCGACGACCAAUUGGUAUCACUGGAGUCUUCCAUCUUCUCCAACAUUUCUCAUCCCUAUAUCUAUCGCGCCGUGUUCGUGGACGGCCGCAUUCAUGCACCGGAUUUUAUCGUUCACCUCGUCGGGUUCGCUCUCAAACUGCGCAAUCUCGGUCUCCCAGACCAUGGUCUCAUCCGUGAGCUUUCACCUGCGCUCGCUGGGUCGCUGUACGGUGGCGAAGGCCACAGCCGCCUCUACAACGACGUCAACGUCUACAGCUUGGCCGUCCAGCACGCGCUGGAAACCACAUCUCUGCCUGGUGCCAUGAACCCUGGCCUGCAGAUCAAAGAGUACGAGGGCACUGGGUCUACGGGAAGCAAUCCGUACUUCCUACCCUGGGCGAUGCGGGGCUUGCUCGAGGAGGACUUCGUGAGAAGGGAGCUUAGCAACGAGGUUGAGGGGCUGCUGGCUAUGUUCGAGAGCUGGAAACCGACGACGAAGCCGUUGAAAGAUAUCAAGUUCCGGCUGGAGGUUGUGAAGAGCAAGCUUUGA